AUUCUUCCAAUGUAUUGGCAAAUUAAAACACAGCUCUGGUUUUGCAGUGACAGUGACCUGAAGAAAAAAAAUAGAAACAGUGAUAUACAUGCCAUAGAAGAAGGAGAGAUGUCAACUUGACGUACUCGUCUUUCUUGUCUGUCUGGGUCUGUCUUUAACACACCUACCUAUCUGACUGGCCUGGCCUUUUCUCUCUCUCUCUCUCUCUCUCUCUCUCUCUCUGUACACUGAUGAUUCCUUCCUAUAAUAGGGGCCAAUUCUCAGACACACUUCACUCUUCUCACUCUUUUUGAGAAGCUGAAGCAGAAUGUAGAAGGAACUGCAGCAGUGUGGAGGUACCAGGAGGUACUGUGGAGCUACAGUGUGAGGAGUUAUGAGUGGAAUAUAAUGAAGAACCUGGAAGUAAGAAAACUGGAAAACUGAAGCAUAUUGACUUGCUGUGGGAUGUGCCUCAGGAUUUGAUUGAUGUGUAUGUGAGUAUGUGAGGGAUGUAGUACUUUGCUGGUAUCUGGUUGUGUUGAAGGUCUUUGAGAGUGUGCAAAAAACAUGUAAGGCAGGCUUUCACUUUCAAGAUGGCCCAGUCGAGCCCUGUUUCAGACACUCAGACCUUGCUGCAGUCAAUGCUCCAAAGACUGAAACUCCAGACCCAAACUGAAAGGACACACAACCAAGAGCAAGCUCUUUCUUCAAAUGUGAAGCUUAAUGGCGGGUCUGGAGAAGGUUCAGCUGUGUACCAGUUUGGUGAUUCCAUUGAUUCUAAGCAGCAAAGAACUUCUCCAUCCAAUUGGAGACACGUGGGGAGUCCAUGGAGUCUUCAAACAUCUCGCGAGCCUCAUAGUCCUGGGACUUCACCUACAUCACCAGAACCUGUUUCUUGGUCAAUGAAUGAUGAUGAUCUCCCCAAAUGGGAGAGAAAGCAACUCAAAUUUACUCUGAGAAAGGUGAGUGAUGACAGACGUAGCAUGUCCUCCACAAACACAUUAGAACAGACCACCCUGAACUCCCCCAGCUCCUCAGUCCCACCCCCCACACCACCCACCCCAGGCAGAAGAGCAUCACAGGAGCGAAAUGGUCUCAGUGGUGUGUGGAAUGGAGGUGUAGGGGACUCCAGAAGGGACAGUAUAAAUGCUGAAGACAAAAUGACACAGACGCCAAUGACAAGGACCAGUAAGAGGAAAUGGGGCAAUUCAGGACAGAAGAGAUGGACCCAGAAGGUGAAAGAAAGAUGGCAGGAGAGACACAAGAAAGAAAGAGGUGCCAAACAGAAAGAGGAACCAAAAGAAGUGCCUAACAGCAACCACUGUCCAAACACCCCAACCAGCCCCAACACCUCCAAUGAAAACGCACUCUCCACCAACACUGCUGCUGCACUUAUUGACGAGGAAAGGAUUGACCAGCACCAGCCAAUCAACAAUGGGCCUGAUAAAGCCCCUCCCAGCCCCCUCGAUCACAUGAGUGAACCCAUAUUCUCAUUUGACUCUUUUAACCUGAUGGAGGAGAUUUUCACCAGUCAGGAGUGGGCCAAGUUCUUCCCGUCCAGUACCAGCAGCCAAUUAGAGCCCACUUGCAUCAAACAAGACAAAGCCACAGACUCACAAAGCAAUAUUAGCCAAUCACAUCAAGCAGAGCAGAACACAGGAAGUAUGUGGGAUUUUAAAUGGCCACAUGCCUCAGAUCUGAGAACCGAUUCAUCACAAAUCAGCUCAGACAGUUUACAGCAGGAUAUGGACACUUCUGACCACACCUCUGACCACACCAUGGACCAAACACAGACUCCAGACUUCAUUCUGCCCUUCUCUCAAACCUUCCAGUUACUCAAGGACCAAUCAGAACUUUUUGACUGGAGUUUAGACCAGUCGCACAGCAUGGAUUUGGGUCUCAGCCAAUCAGAAAAUGACAAACAACAAAAAUACCAGCCACAGUUAUUGCAUCAAAACUGUCACAUGCAUCAAAACUGUCAGCCAAAAACAGCAGAAACAAGUAUUCAGGAGUCGCCAUCCAAUCAACACACUCUGAACCAGUCACAACUGCCUAAACCAAACCAAACACAAGCAGAAACUGUGCAGCAUGAAGAUGUUAUUCCUCUUUUGGACUUGUCAUAUCUUCAGCCGAAGGACAGUGGGUCUCAUGGGACGCUGAGCCGGAAGAGAGGCCACUGCACCCUGAACGGAAGCUCAGAGAAUGGAGAAGUGGAAAGGGGGAGAGAUAAUUCUAUAAUACCCCUCUAUUCUCUACAGCCCGAGUCCUCCAUCUCCUCCCCUCAGCACUCUGUUUCCAAGGAUUCUGAGUCCACUGCAUCUACAGAGACUGUAGUCAAGAAGAGGAGACUGGAGGACACUCGCCGUGUGCACUUUGCAGAGGAAGUGACUUAUCUACCCCAUCUUGUUCUGAACGAGGAUGAAGGUGAGGAUGAGGAAGAAAACUAUGAUUAUGAUAAUUAUAAUGAAGAUGAGGAUUAUGAUGAUGACGAUGACGAAGAUGAUGACGACGACGACGAUGAUGAUUAUGAUAUUGAUAACGGCAAUGAUGACAAUGAUACACAUGGUAAAGUUGAAGCUAACUAUCAUGAAGAGCCGCAGUCACGCCCAUCCUUUCCAAACUGGAUUGUGGCUCUCAGGACCAAGACUAAAAGGAAGUCCAAGUUUAAAUUUCCACAAAUGCUGAGCACUCCAACAAAGCUCAAAAGUUCAAAAUCAUUCAUCUGAUAUAGCAGUGUCCUCAAAAACACACAGAUUCAACAGAUUAAAGUCAGAACUGACCCACAUCUGAAAUAGAAGUACAGCUGGGUUUUUAAGAUUAAAAAUAGAUUAAAAUGAGUUUAGCAACAAUCCAGUGUUUCCCUCAGGAAAUGCAUUUUGUAGGUAUCUUUUUCAUAAUAACCAUAACUUGCUGGAGACAGCAAUGAUAUAGCAACACAAUGAUAUUAAAUAUUAAUUAAUUCUUUAUAAAACAAGAAAAA